AUGAAGGUCUCCGCUGUCCUCGCCGUUGCAGCCUGUGGCCUUGCCCCGGUUGCUGCGUUCCGCCUGCCUCUGCACCAUGGCACUCCCACGGGCUCUCUGACCUCUUGGCCCUCGUCCACCGGCCCUGCUCCUUCCGGCUGGUCGACUGGUAGCUUGCCGACUCCCACUGGCACCAGCUCCCCCCAUCCUAUUGGAGGAUUCCCCGAUUACCCUCCCCCUGCCUUCCCGUACUCGUCGGGCUCGUCUUCGUCUUCGGUCCCCACGCCCACCGGAACUCCCACCAGUGCUGCCCGUAAAGGUGGAUUUUGGCGCGCUGUCCAGGCUUAG